AUUUACCCAUAAUUCCGUGCGAACUCAGAUCUCUCUCUCUUUCCGACAUCUUGGAUUUGCCACCAUGGUGCUCAUGAAUGUGUUGGCGGAUGCCUUAAAGUCAAUCAACAAUGCAGAAAAACGAGGCAAAAGACAGGUGCUUAUAAGGCCCAGCUCCAAAGUAAUAGUGAAAUUCCUCACUGUAAUGAUGAAGCACGGUUACAUUGGAGAAUUUGAAAUUAUUGAUGAUCACAGAUCUGGAAAAAUUGUAGUUAAUCUCACAGGAAGACUGAACAAAUGUGGUGUGAUUAGUCCUAGGUUUGACGUUUCAAUACACGACAUGGAAAAAUGGCAGACAAACCUUUUACCUUCAAGACAGUUUGGAUAUGUAGUUUUAACAACGUCAGGGGGCAUCAUGGACCAUGAGGAGGCCAAACGAAAACACAUGGGUGGCAAAAUAUUAGGAUUCUUUUUCUGAGAACAGAUGCGGUGAUAAAAAAAAAUUGUGAUGUGAUAAGUUGUAUAAAAAAGCUAUUAAAAACUGGCAUUUGGCGACUCAGAGUA